UCUCUCUGUAAUAACCGAAAAUCGCUUUUGUGGCUUCAAAUCAAAUGGAACCCCACACUUACCUCUCUCUCUUUUGUCUCUUUCUAGAAGCUUUGUUUCAUCCUUGUGUUUUCCUCUGUAUCCCUCUCAGAACAAGCUGCAAUUUUCUGUUUCUGCUCUGUCAAGUUUCGUUUGUGCUAUGCAAAGCGUAGAGACCGUUCUUGCCGACGGCGAUGACGUGGACAUCGACUUCGGAGACGUGUUUGGUGGUCCGCCUAAAAGACGUUCCAAGGUUAACGAAGUCACUCGACAUAGCUUCAGCGAAACAGCUCUCAGGCGGCGUGACGUCAUCGUCGACAACAGCGCGCUGAUUCCCCGUGACGACUUUUGGGACGGAAGAGACGAGAAGCCUGUCUUCGGCGAAGAUCCAUCCAUCCGGCGUCGUUUCACGGCUGAUGAUUUCUUCGACGAUAUUUUCAGAGUGAAAGAAUCAUCAUCUUCGCCGCCGAAGAAGACGAAGAACGAACGCGAACCAUUCGGGUCAUCACUCCCGGGUUCUCGGAUCCUUAGCCCGGCUCGUCCUAUCCCUCACAAAGCCGAAUCUCCUGGGACUUCGUCUCCUGCACAAUUCAGCCUUCCUGCAAAACUAAUCAAAGCAACAGAGAUUCCCACAUUUGGUCCAGCUACUCGUAGUUUGAGCAAGAACAGAGAGACUGCUUCAAGCUCUCCUUUGUCAAGAACUUCGAGCAAACCCGAUAUGGUGGCCUCUACUACUAAAUCAGGUUCAGAUGUUUGUGGUUCUGCUCCAGGAGUUGUGUCUGGGAAAGGCAGACAGUUUCACUUCUCCAUCUACAAGUGGCCUAAUAAAGGAGUUCCUGUUGUCAUCUGGGGCAGUUCAAGAUUGAGCUCUAUGGCUAAAGCUGAGGAAACAACACCGAGUGGUUUGCAGCACUCUACUUCAGUUGAGAAAGCUGUUAAAGAUGAAGAAGGAGAGAGUGCUUUCUCUGAUUUGAAAGAGAAAAAGAAGACCUCGCAAAAGCGUCCUGUUGUUCAGACAGAAGAAGAAAAACCAGAUAUCGAUUUGAUGUCUGAUCAGGCCUUCUCUGGUGUGUCAAAACAGCAGGAAGCUAAUGUGAAGCCUCUCCAUUCAAUUUUCCAUGAUAACGAUGAGAUACAAGGUGAGGAUAUAGUAUUAGACAGGGAAGUGAAAAAAGGUAAAAGCAAAGCGAAAAACAUGCGAAGCUCUGCUGGAGGAGAUUCAAGAAGCAAGAAGAAACCACAAGGCACGAGAAGUUCUCUGGAUACCCCAAAACCCGAUAAAUCCAGCUUUGCAAGUUCAUCAUCAGCAACAGAAGUUGGCAAAGAUGGAGUCAAAGGAAAAGUGAUGGACUUUGUUAAGAUUUUCAGUCAAGCAGCUUCAAUUGGAGCAGGUGGGGAAACUCUUGGAAAAAGCUCUAGAUGGAGAGCUAAAGAAACUUCCAUGACUGAUAUCAAUCAUGACGCAGCUUAUGCCAAGGAAACUGUAAACAUUCCUGAUCAACAAAAGAAAUCGACUCCAGAUAUUCCCGUUGUGGAUCGGGAUCAGAAACCUUCACAAGAAACUCAGAAAAAGGAAUCAGAUCGAGUGAGCAUGAAAAAUAAUAAGGCUACUAGUGUUACUGAACAAGAGGAGAGACAGGAACCAAGCACAGUACAUACUAGCUCAGAGGAUAUAGACGAGCCCUUCCAUGUAAAUUUCCUGGUGGAGGAUAUAACACAAGAAGAGGAGAAACUGGAAGAAACCAGAAAUGAUGCUGAAGAAAUCCAGAACAUCGAUGCGAAAAUCCGCAAGUGGUCAAGCGGGAAGAGCGGAAACAUUCGGUCUCUCCUGUCCACGCUGCAAUAUAUUCUUUGGACCGGAAGUGGGUGGAAACCGAUACCUCUCAUGGAUAUGAUAGAAGGAAACGCGGUUCGAAAAUCGUACCAGAGGGCAUUACUAAUCCUUCAUCCAGACAAGCUACAACAGAAGGGUGCUUCUGCAAACCAGAAAUACAUGGCUGAGAGAGUUUUCGAGUUAUUACAGGAAGCAUGGGACCAUUUCAACACUCUCGGACCGGUUUAAAGGAAGACGAAUCUUAUUUAGUCUUUUAGUUCUUACACAAAAGGCUAUGCAAUUAUAAAAGUGUACAGUUACAACAGUUUUGAAUCAAAAGAUGUUUGCAGAUUGUCACA